UUGGGCUUUUUAAACAAAGGCCCUGACAAACCAGGGGUUAAGCCUAUGAUUGGGAUGGUCAACUCAAAAGUGGUGUUUUCCAUGGGAAAAAAAACCUUCCCUUUUCUGCAUUUGCAUAAGAAGUUGCGAGUUUCUCUCUAUAUGCAAAUGCACGUCAACAAUGAGCUAAGUAAAUUUCUACAAGCGUAAAGACCUUGACCUCCUCCUUCUUAUUCUCCGCCUUGAAGUUCAUUGAAAAGCGACAUUGUUUCUUUAGGAUUGCACAUGCAGUCAACAGCGAGUCUGUCCAUUGUUGGGGAACAGAAAGCGAGUUGAGAUUGAUAUACGGGGGCUGAAUCCAAGCUGCACAUAUCAUCAGCGGACCAGCUGCAGGAGCCAUCUAGUCCUGAGCGCAGCCUUCCAGACAUGGGUUUGUAUGACUGCUGCAUGCGCUGUUUGGGUGGGGUGCCAUACUGCUCCCUGAUCGCCACACUGCUCUGUUUCUCUGGUAUUGCCCUGUUCUGCGGCUGUGGGCACCAGGCACUCACAGAGACAGAGAGGCUCAUCGAGAAUCACUUUGUCCGGAACACUCAGGACUACAUCACGCUUGUCUACAUCAUUCAAUAUUUCCAGUAUGUCAUCUACGGUUUGGCUUCCUUUUUCUUCCUCUACUGCAUCGCACUGUUGGCUGAAGGCUUCUAUACCACAAGUGCUGCCAAGCAAACGUUUGGAGAGUUCAGGAGCACCAUGUGUGGCCGCUGCCUCAGUUCCUCGUUUAUUGUGAUGACAUAUGUACUCGCUGUGCUGUGGCUGUUGGUGUUUGCCUUCUCUGCCCUCCCUGUUUACGUCUUCUACAACAUGGAUGCCACCUGUCACACCAUUGAUGUUCUGACUGAGACCCCAGCAAGUAUCAACCAGCUCUGUGUUGAUGCAAGGCAAUAUGGUCUUCUGCCAUGGCAUGCAGUACCGGGGAAAGCUUGUGGCACGACUUUGUCCACUGUUUGUAAGACCAGAGAGUACCGAAUGACCUAUGACCUCUACAUUGCUGCCUUCGCUGGUGCGGGCAUCACUGUCUUGGCUCUGGCUAUCGGGAUGUUGUGGAUUUCUCUUCCCUUUUGUUCUGACACUUCUGUCUCUGCUUCUUCUUCUGUAGCUGACCUAUACUGUGUCAACCACCUAUAACUUUGCAGUCCUGCGGUAUCUGGGGAGAAAGGGGAUAAGUGCAAGGUGUUAGGCUUACCAGCUUCGUGUCUGCUCUGUCACUGCUCACCAACCUAAAGGAGACCUAAAGGGAUGACAAAGGUUCUUUUCUUUCACAUCAUCUGCACAUGUAGGACCUCCUCUGGUCACGGACUUUCAAAAGAUCUUUUUAUAUUUUUACUUUUGUCAUUGUAAAGAUGCUAUUUUGUAAUUCCUUCUUGUUUUUUUUUGUUUUUUUUUAAAUGUGUGAGGUUUGUCUGCUGCUCUUACAUGCAGUAAGUCUUAUUUCUUUACUUUGUCACCAAAAUAUUGGCCAGUUACUGCUCUUGCUGCAGUUAGUGCCUAAAAUUAAUUUCUGCUUCUUGUCACAGUCGAUAACACAUCACUAAUAAAUUAACAUAUGCAAGAGAUAACCGCUGAUUUGCAAAACGUGUGCAAUUAGAAUGCAGCUGUUAACAGAGAAUAGGGAUUAUAAGUCACCAUGACUACCUUCCCUCACAUCUGGUUGCCAUGGUGGCAGACAUGCACGCAUUUGCAGUCUCCUGCUGACCUCAGGACUUUUCUCACGAGCUGAAGAAAAGCCUCAACAAUGGAGUUAUGCCCAUUUUAAAAGCUAACCAAUAAGAAUCCGGUUCUGGGGGCCACCUGUGCUACGAGUCUCUGCCAAGGGUUAUAUUACAUGUCAAGGGAGAGGGUCCUCCGGACAAAGAGAGGGUUAGACCUCUCUACAGCCUUCAUGCAGCCCAUCUGGGACAGCAUCCACACACCACACCCACCCGCUGCUGCGUGACCCCUACCUCCCCGUGAAUAAUGGAAAUGAUCGAUUCAGAGUGAGGGGACUGGAGGAAUUUUAGAUGAUCUUGAAUAGUUUCUUUCUAACAAAGAGCCAUACUUGUUUAGUUCUGAUCUAGAAAGGUCUGAAAUUGUUUCUCAUAAUUUUGAGAUGAUAAAACCACUAGGUGCUAACUUACGAAGUAACCUCUUAUUAGAUUAAAUCUUAUUGUUGAGGCGUGACCCCCUGCUGUUAAUGCACGACUCUUGUAGAGAUAGGGCAGCAUUGUUUUGUCUCUAAUUCUUUGGGAAAUUUUGUUGUAGUUAUUGUAUAACAUUGUUUUACUUUUGCUGAAUUUACUACUACUUUUAUACUUUGGGUAUUACUAACAAAGUGUUUUGACAUAAGUAGAUUAUUCCUUUUGGUGGAAGCUUUAUUCAGCUGUGAAUGGAGGAUUUGUAAAGCAGCAGCUGGCAGUUUGAUGAUUAUUUUUUUGUGUUGGUAAUAUUUGAUAUUAAAAAAUGUUUUUUGGAGUAUUUGUGCAGAGUUCCUCUGAAAACAUUAGUUUGAAGUCUGUGAAAGCGUCUGAUGUAGUGUGGCAGCGUUUUACUGGCACUCACUCUUCGGCUUCCUGCCACUUGUAGGGCUUU